AUGUACACCAUGGAGUUCAAACACACACAUCCCAGACUUUCAAGCAGAGUAUUUGAUGAAUCAAGUAAAUCCUCAUCUGAGUCGACGGAAACUUUCCUGGGUUUCAUUGAAUCACCUCCAUCUGUUAUUACUUUUCCAAGACCAAACUCUAUAUUUCCAUUGGAUAAAUAUGUACCAGAUGAGAAAGGCUCGAGAGAACGGCUCCUGCAACAUGAAAGACAGUUCAGCGAUCUUCAGGUACCGUUGGUGUCAGAAAGUAAAACCAUCUCGACUUGGAAAUGGAUUCUAGUCUUCUGCGGAUUAUCUAUAGGGGCAUUUCUAGCAGGGCUUGAUGCUACCAUAGUUGCCGACGCUCAAGGACCCAUUCUCCAAAGUCUGGGAGAAAUUGAAAAGGUUGCUUGGAUCGGUGUGGCUGAUCCACUUGGAUCUGGAGCUACUAUCCUACUUAUCGGUUCUUGCUAUGGGAUCUUCCAGAUCAAAUACAUGUACAUGUUUAGUAUGUUGCUUUUUGAGGUAGGGAGUGCAAUUUGUGGAGCUUCGAAUUCAAUGAACGUUAUGAUAGUUGGACGGGUUAUGGUGGGUAUUGGAGGAGCGGGAAUUGAUCUAGGAGCUCUUAACUACCUAUCUAAAUUCACACCUCCACGUACCAGGCCCAUCUACAACGCAAUCCUUGGAAUCUCCUUUGGACUCGGCAACAUUCUUGGUCCAGUAAUUGGCGGUGCUUUCGCGAACACUCCGGCUCUCGGGUGGCGUUGGUCUUUCUAUAUCAACCUUCCUCUCGCCGCAAUCAUGACUCCCCUGUUCCUCCUUCUUUUGCCGAAACACAACCCUAUGCCUUCCAUCUCAAUAUCACAGAAGCUGAAACUCAUUGAUUUCCUCGGUUUCGUCUUACAUGUUAUCGUAUGGGCUUCUUUUCUCGUUGGUGUCACAAUGGGCGGCUCAACUUGGUCCUGGUCAUCCAUUUCUUCCAUCGCAGUCUGGACACUCUUCGGAAUAUCUCUUUUCUGCUAUAUCAUCCAACAAUCUCUUUGCCUUCUUACCACUUCCUGCCAUCGCAUUUUCCCAGUUCAUUUCCUCCGUUCUCGAACACUCAUUCUUCUCUUCAUCGCUACUGCUGCGACCAUGACAGCACUCGUCACACCUAUCUUCUAUAUUCCUCUUCUUUAUCAAUUUGCGCAUGGCUCUUCUCCUAUGGCAUCAGCACUCAAUUUGAUUCCUGCAAUCGCGGCCUUUUUCAUCAUCCUUUUAUGCACAGGUGCAUUACUCCCGCGAAUUGGUAUAGGAGUAGGAAUGAUCUUCCAAAUAGCCUACGAUAUUGGUAUGAGCAAAGUGGCAUCGAUGGGUGCACAGGAUACCACAGCCACCGAAGAAUCAGGCGGCGACGAACAAAAACUUAUUGCGUAUAUAAAUGUCGCACAAGUGGGCUGUGCGGGUAUUGCACUUAGUAUUGCGGGAUGCAUAUACCAAAACUUGGGAGUGAAGAAGCUUCAAGAAGUUUUUGGGGAUGAGGUUCCGGUGGAGAUUAUCAGGGAAGCCUUGGGUGGUUUGAAGGGGGAGGGGCUAGGAGAUAUGGGGACUAUUGAUGGGUAUAUUAUGAAGAGUGCAUUAGAUGCAGUAGUGGCGACUGUGGGGAAUGUCUAUUGGUUGGUUGUUGUAGCGGGUGUGGUGUGUGCAAUUUGUGGUCUGAGUAUGAAGUGGGAAAGAGUGGUUUUGGAGCCGGAACUGGAGGGAAAUAGGAGAUUUAGUGUCAAUUAUGAAGCUAUCGUUUGA